CGCUGCUCAAGUCGCAGGGCCUCAGAGGAGACGUGAAGGUGGACGAGCGGUCGGCUUGGCUCGCAAGAGUCCGCCCCCUCUCCGCCUCGCUCUGUGUGCCCUUGGUCUACCCGCGCCUCUUCGCCCUGCACCACCUUCUAAUGGAUGCUGCUAACCAGGAACAGCAGAAGCAGCAGAAUGGGACCGAGGAUGCACAGGAGCAGCAUGAGCACCUGCCCUCCGCUCUCCCCCUCUCCAGUGAAAAGCUCGAGCCGGAUGGAGUGUUUCUGGUGGAGAACGGGGAGGAGGCCGUGGUGUGGGUGGGCAGGGAGGCGGACAGCCAUCUGCUCUUUGACCUCUUUGGCCUGCGAUCCGUCGAUGAAAUCGCUCCCGGCCCGUUCCUGCUGCAAGAGUUUGACAACCCCGCAUCACGCAAGCUGAACGCCAUUGUGAACGAGAUUCGGCGCCAGCGGUGCUCUUACCUCAGCAUCUGCUGCCGACCGUGCGACGCGCUGCCGGUGCAGUAUCUGCGGCUCGGCUUUAUUCUCCCGAGUCCCGAAGUCAACAUCGGCAUCACGAAACGGCUGGCGGACGAAUGGAUGUCCGCUACAAGAGUGGCGCUGGACGUGCUCGGGCCCCGUUAUAACGCAACCUUCAACGUCAUGCCGGUGGUGGAGGUGGUACCGUGCAAUAGCGAGGAUGCGGCAGUGGCAGCAGAGCGUCUAGACCUGAUGAACGUGGUGGGGGUGGUGGGGCCGGCGUGCUCCGAGGCAGUGAGGGGAGCCAACUCCGUGCUACAGCCCAAAGGCAUUCCCUAUGUGUCUUUUGCUGCUACUGCUGAUGUGUUUAACACGCCUGAUUACAACACGUUCUUCAGAACAGUCUUCGCUGACAAGCACCAGGCAAGGGAAAUCGCGGCUUUGAUCAGAUUCUUCCAGUUCGACGAAGUCCAUCUGUUCUACUCCAACGAGAUCUACGGCUCAGAUCUCGCCGCCAAGAUCCGUGCUGAGCUGGACGGCUCGCUCAUCCCCGUCAGCACCAUCCCCGUCAGCUACCCCGUGGACGAGUUUGCGCCGCUCUUUGCUGACGUGGCGGUCGGGGAGCGGUCCAUUUGCGUGCUCGCCGCCCUGCCAGCUGUCGCGGAGGGGUUCUGGCGAGCGGCAGUGAGGGAGAACUUCACUCGCUACCCCUGGUGGUACCUGGGGACUGACGGCGUGGCAGCUCUUGACUUCGUUGACCAAUCUAGCGAGAGGCUCGGAGGUAUGGCCAGGUCUCUGCAAGGGGAGAUGGCGAUCGGUCCCAACAUGCCCUUUGAGAGUCCCAACCUGCGUCCAUUCACGGCCCACUGGAGGCAGCAGGCAGCAGACGACUACGUUGGGCUCAUUAAUGCACCGACCACACCAAAGUAUAACGAGACGCGCUUAUACGUGGCGCAUCUGAUCGACUCCAUCUGGGCCUUCUUCGAGGCGUUUCAGAACAUCAUAGCCGUCCAAAACCGGGCGGUAACCGCACAAGCCGUGCUCGAAUGCUUCCGAAACCAGCCGGCCGGCUGUGGGCGGUUUGAAGGAGCAUCGGGAACAGUGGCGUUCAAUACAGUCACGGGGGAGAGGUUGAAGCUAGAUGGGGUGCCUGCUUACAGCCUCUACAACCUGAUUGGCAAGACGUGGAAG